AUGUUCUCACGCUUCCAGAGUCUCCCUACAGAGCUCCGACUUCAAAUCUGGCGUGAAGCUAUGCCGCCGAGUCUCGAAAAGCCACUGUACUUUUAUAAAAAGGGAUGUUGGCAACCACAUCGCCUAACCGAAGGUGACAAUGGCUACUACCCUGACAACGAAGAGCUUCAUUUGGAAAUGAGCUUCUUUCAUGAUCGCCUAGACCCUCUUCAUUUGGAUGUCCCACUUUAUUCUGUGAGCCACGAGGCACGCAGAUUUGCUCUGGAGUGGAUUGCUAGGCAGGGACUGGAAACUCGCUUUGAUGACGAACACCAGUCCAUAUUCCUUAUCCGGCCAUUCGACCCCCAGUCAAGUGUACUUUAUGUUCCAAAGAUAACAUGGAUUGAAUUUCUUUGUGAAGAGAGCUAUCGACUAUUCGAUGAAGACCUUUUGGGUAGAAGCGUCGGUUGUAAUAUCGCGCCCAUCACGUGCCUUGCCGUGCCACACGAUGUGAUUAUAGAUGAGUCAGACGGUGUACUGGCUGAGUUACUUGAUGAGUAUAGAAUUUAUAAGAUAUUCGUUCUUCUUGGUGCUCAAUCAGAUGGUACUUGGCAGGACCUGAAGGAUGUCAAGCCUCAGGAGGGGUGGGAGUUGGAGACAGAUGUUCAGUGGCCGAUUUUCUCAUGGACUUUUGACAGCAAAAGCUUUCAGUGGGGGAAAGCAGAAAGAAACAUCAGCGAAUAUCCCUUAUUUGAUAGAUUGCAGAAAUCCAAUUCGAAAUUGAGUGCAAAGCUGCUGGAUAAAAGACAAGAACGAUUCGAUAUUGUUCCUGCUGUUGCUGUGAGAAACUGA